AUGGUUGGUAUAAGUAGGCGUGAGGUGCAACUGGUGGUUCCUAAUGUUGGCAGGCGUGAGGUGCAGCUGGCGAUUUUUGACUUUGAUAGGAGUGUGAUGCAGCAACCUGGUUCUGAUAUGCAAUAUCCUGUUUCUGUUGUGCAGCAACCCGUUUCUGAUGUUGGCAGAUGUGAGGUGCCGCAAGAUCUUGCUUCUGACUUCAGACCUCUUCAUCAAGAUCAUGCUUCUGGCUCCUCAUCUCUUUUGUGUUGUGAUGGAGUGUUUAAGAAAGGUGAUGCAGUUGUUGGGGUGAUUCUAAAAGAUUCCAAUGGGUUUAUGGUGGAUGGAAUUGCUAAAAGGAUUUUGUGUUGUGAUGGAGUGUUUAAGAAAGGUGAUGCAGUUGUUGGGGUGAUUCUAAAAGAUUCCAAUGGGUUUAUGGUGGAUGGAAUUGCUAAAAGGAUUCCGGCCGUAUCCAAUUUUUAUUCCGAAGCAGCUGUGGUAAAAGAAGCUUGUCUCUUAGUUUCUGCUUUCUGGGCUUCGUGA